GAUUGGCCAGCGUCACGCUCGCGCGCUGACGUAACGAGCCCCGCCCCAUCACUUUAAGGCCCGCACGCCUGCGCGUUCGGCCUUUUCUCAGCCGGUUGUGAAGCGUGGUGGAGGCGCGGCUCAGACCGUCCUGCUAGGCCAAGAUGCCGGUCGCCCGGAGCUGGGUUUGUCGGAAGACGUACGUGACGCCGCGGCGGCCCUUCGAGAAGUCGCGCCUGGACCAGGAGUUGAAGUUGAUCGGCGAGUACGGGCUCCGCAACAAGCGCGAGGUGUGGCGGGUCAAGUUCACGCUGGCCAAGAUCCGCAAGGCGGCGCGGGAGCUGCUCACGCUGGACGAGAAGGACCCGCGGCGGCUGUUCGAAGGUAACGCUCUGCUGCGGCGGCUGGUGCGCAUCGGCGUCCUGGACGAGGGCAAGAUGAAGCUGGAUUACAUCCUGGGCCUGAAGAUCGAGGACUUCCUGGAGCGGCGCCUGCAGACUCAGGUCUUCAAGCUGGGCCUGGCCAAGUCCAUCCACCACGCGCGCGUGCUCAUCCGCCAGAGGCACAUCAGAGUCAGAAAGCAGGUGGUGAACAUCCCCUCCUUCAUCGUGCGCCUCGACUCCCAGAAGCACAUCGAUUUCUCCCUGCGCUCACCCUACGGUGGUGGCCGGGCUGGCAGGGUCAAGAGGAAGAAUGCCAAGAAGGGCCAGGGAGGGGCAGGCACUGGUGAUGACGAGGAGGAAGAUUAAAUGCACUAUUCCCCCCCCCAAGUUUACCGCCUUGGGUGGAAUAAAGCUCUUCAAUAAUUU